ACCUCUCCUGUGCUUGUGGGGUGUGGGUAGUGACUUAUUCUUUCCUUCCAUAGCCAGCAGUGAGCAGGCUUCCAGUGGCUGCCCUGAGGUACCGCAUUGGAGAGGUCUGGAGGACGUUUAAAUCAGGUCCAGAAAUGUCCAUGGUAUGUUUGACAGACUUUGAGGCCCGUGCACGGGAGCUUCUGUCCAAGUCAACUUGGGAUUAUAUUGAAGGAGCAGCUGGUGAAGGCUUCACCAGGGAUGACAACAUCACAGCAUUUAAAAAAAUCCGCCUCCGUCCCCGGUACCUGAAAGACGUGUCGCAGGUGGACACGCGGACCACAAUCCAAGGGGAGGAGAUCAGUGCCCCCAUUGGCAUCUCCCCUACGGGCUUCCACCGCCUCGCCUGGCCGGACGGGGAGAUGAGCACAGCCAGAGCUGCCCAAGCAGCCGGCAUCUGCUACAUCACCAGCUCAUAUGCCAGCUGUAACCUUGAGGACAUCAUUGCUACUGCCCCCAGAGGCUUCCGGUGGUUCCAACUCUACGUGCGGACAGAUCGGCAGCUAAGCAAACAGCUGAUCCAGAAAGCAGAAUCCUUGGGUUUCAGAGCUCUGGUAAUCACCGUGGAUGUGCCCAAACUUGGCAACAGGCGACAUGACAUUCGAAACCAAUUGAACUUGAAGACAAAUUUAUUGCUAAAGGAUCUUCACUCACUUACAGAGAGAAAUUCAACGCCUCAUCUGCAGAUGUUUCCCAUUGACUCCUCCUUCUGCUGGGAUGAUCUUCCCUGGGUCCAGAGCAUAACUCAAUUGCCCAUCAUUCUUAAAGGGAUCUUGACAAAAGAGGAUGCAGAGUUAGCCUUGGAGCACAAAGUCCAUGGCAUCAUCGUUUCCAACCAUGGCGGAAGGCAGCUUGAUGACGUUCCUGCUUCUAUUGACGCCUUAGCGGAAGUGGUGGCUGCUGUGAAAGGGAGACUGGAAGUGUACCUGGACGGUGGGGUCCGAUCCGGCAACGACGUGCUCAAGGCUCUUGCCCUCGGGGCCAAGUGCGUUUUCUUGGGGAGACCAAUCCUGUGGGGUCUUGCCUGCAAGGGCGAGCAAGGUGUUGAGGAAGUUUUGAACAUUUUAAAAGACGAGUUCCACACCUCCAUGGCCCUUACAGGCUGCCGGUCGGUUGCUGAGAUCAGUCGGGACCUGAUCCAGGUCUCCAAGCUGUAAAGGACAAGCUGAUGAUGGGACGGCUGAGGUGGCCGCAGAGGGAAGACACAGCCAGAGCGUGGCUUGUGAGGCUGUCCCCCCUCUGCCUCGCCCCGGCCCAGCCACAGCUCCGCCACCUCACCCCUGUGCUGAAUUCGGACCCCGAACCCUCACCUUCCUCAAACGUGCCCUGCUCUUGUCUGGCCCACGGCUUUUUACACACGAUUCUCUUCCCUGAAAUCCCCCUGUGAAUGAAGAGGGUGGAUCGAUCAUGACUGAAGAGCUAGUGGAUGACAUUUUUGCACAUCCUCUCUAUCUCUAGGAAACAUCUGUGGGCAUUUGCAUUCUGAACAGAAGAGCUAUAUGUAUAAAAUAUCCCCCAACAAAAAUCAUACUCCUGUCUGUAGAUACAAGGGAAAGAAUACAGUUUGAGACAUAGGCUUUGAAGCCAUACAGACAAGGGAUUAACAGCCAGGACUGCUUCUGACCAGCUGGGUGACUUGGGAAUGUUUUUCAAUAUUGCUGGUCUUUCCUUGUCCUCAGCUAUCAAAUCAAGGUUAUAUUACCAAACUCACCAGGCUGGGAGAAAGAGUAAAUGAGAUAAUGUUUGUAAAGUUCAGAGCACAAUGCUUCACACCUAGAGGUUUAAGAAGUCACUUUAUUACUGUUGUUAGGCAAAUUCCUAUUCGCCUAUUAGAAGACUUGUUACCUAUUCUUACCCUGGCGACCUGCUAGAUGCUUUCUAUUGUAUUGUGCAUAUUCCAGUAUUACAACCCUUAUUAUAAUGUCUUAUAUUUAUUUAUUUGCAUGUCUCUCUCCACAAAUAGACUGUACAUUAUUUGUGGAAUGGAUGAAUGGAUGGGAUAGACAGAAGAGAAAUAGAAAGACGAAUAGAGGCCCCAGCAGAGUAAAAACUCCUCAUAUCAAGUAGUCAGCUAAAAUAGACUUUUGGAGCAGGGGACUCCCAGCUGAAUAAGAUCUGACACUUGAAGGCAGCAAGGAAGUUAGGGAUGGAAAUCAAUGUCCUAAGUAGGCAACCUUGGAAAUGUUUUCCCCACGUUCUCUCUUGCUCCUUGUUCCAUUUUGUUCUCUAGACAACAACCAGGGGGAUUUUGAGGGGCGGGGGUUGUUGUUUUUUAGUACAAGCAAAUUCUAUGUCUCAAACACUGAGUACAAAUUUUCAGCCGAUCACCAGCUCUCCUGGCCACUUCAUGAUCUGGUUCUUGUGAUCCUUCCAAUUCACCGCUUUGUCACUGUCCCCUUCACUCACUGGGCCCUAGCCAUCCUGCCUCCUUCCUGUUCCUCAGAUGAGCGAAACUCUUGCUUGCCUCUGGACUGCCACACUUACUGCUCUCUCUACAUAAAAUGUCCUUCCCCACCCUCCUCCCUUGGCUGGCUCUUCCUUGACAUGUAGGUCUCAGCUUAAAUGUCGCCUACCCAAAGCGGUGAGAUUUCCCUAAUUAUCCUAAGUGGGCUCCAUUUUACUCAUCACGUUUCCCUGUGUCUUCCCCUCCUACCACUCACUACAAUCUGUCAUUAACUUAUUCUUUUUUUUAUUAUGCAUCUGCACAAGCACAGGGCCCUCGAUCCGUCAUGCUCACUGCUGCAUCCCCAGAGCCUAGAACCAUGCCCAGCACCAUAGAAAGCUUUGACUAAAUAUUUGUUAAAUAAAUUAAUCCAAAAAGGGCAGAACUGGAUUAAACUGCAUCACCGCAUCCGAAAAGUGAUAGCUGUUCCAGAAGGAAAACUGUGAGUUAGGACAGAACCAAGCUGAAUGGGCCACUGCCUAAGCCGACAGACAUGGGAAGUCGCCUCUCCUGCCUGACGGGACACCUCUGCACAUGCCCACGUGCAGCGCAGUCCCGCUGUGGCCCGGCUUACGCCACAAAACCAAAGGCCUGCCAAGGGGAUGUUCAGAUAGCACAAUAGAUAUGGAAAGAGAAAGCAAUCUUGUAACUAUCUCUCUGGUCAUAAAUCUUAAUGCCAUAGGUUCUCGCCUAACCAAAAUGUAUAGGAGCAUAUGCCACCUACGUAUUUAGAAAGAGAAAAUAAAGCAGGGUGGUAUUAGUCCUGCUUGCCUAUACUGGGUGCUGUCAGGAGCCAGAAUUCAAAAGAAGUGCACGCCCAGACUUUGAGAUCCUCAGUCCCUUGGAUUCUUCUCAGAAUAAAAGUUCUUAAAAGGACAGGUCAGUAAUGACUGAAA